CCGGACAUCCUUCUCUACAACAGGCAUCUUCAAGAGCUCCUGCUACAUCGACGUGCGCUGGUUCCCGUUCGACGUGCAGCAGUGCAAACUCAAGUUUGGGUCCUGGUCCUACGGAGGGUGGUCCUUGGAUCUCCAGAUGCAGGAGGCGGACAUCAGCGGCUACAUCCCGAACGGAGAGUGGGACCUCAUAGGCAUCCCGGGCAAGCGCAGCGAGCGGUUCUACGAGUGCUGCAAGGAGCCCUACCCGGACGUCACCUUCACCGUGACCAUCCGCCGGCGGACCCUCUACUACGGCCUCAACCUGCUCAUCCCCUGCGUGCUCAUCUCCGCCCUGGCCCUGCUGGUCUUCCUGCUGCCCGCGGACUCCGGGGAGAAGAUCUCCCUGGGGAUCACGGUGCUGCUCUCUCUCACCGUCUUCAUGCUGCUGGUGGCCGAGAUCAUGCCGGCGACGUCCGACUCGGUGCCCCUGAUAGCCCAGUACUUCGCCAGCACCAUGAUCAUCGUGGGCCUCUCCGUGGUCGUCACGGUGAUCGUGCUGCAGUACCACCACCACGACCCCGACGGCGGCCAGAUGCCCAAGUGGACCAGGGUCAUCCUUCUGAACUGGUGCGCGUGGUUCCUGCGCAUGAAGCGGCCCGGGGAGGACAAGGUGCGCCCCGGCUGCCAGCACCGGCCGCGCCGCUGCAGCCUGGCCAGCGUGGAGCUGAGCGCCGUGCCCGCCGCCGCCACGGCCAACGGCGGCGGGAACCUGCUCUACAUCGGCUUCCGCGGCCUGGACGGCGGCGGCCUGCACUGCGCCCCGACGCCCGACUCCGGGGUGGUGUGCGGCCGCCUGGCCUGCUCCCCCGCGCACCUGCACGACGAGCACCUGCUGCACGGCGGGGGGCCGGCCCCCGAGGGGGACCCCGACCUCGCCAAGAUCCUGGAGGAGGUGCGCUACCUGGCCAACCGCUUCCGCGGCCAGGACGAGAGCGAGGCGGUGCGCAGCGAGUGGAAGUUCGCCGCCUGCGUGGUGGACCGCCUGUGCCUCAUGGCGUUCUGCGUCUUCACCAUCCUCUGCACCAUCGGCAUCCUCAUGUCCGCGCCCAACUUCGUGGAGGCCGUGUCCAAGGACUUCGCCUAA